GGGAUCGCGACAGUUAACUCGUAAAUAAGUAAUUAACCCGUACAUUAUUAAUUUGGCAAGGUCAUAAACUCUAUGAAGCCCCCAUCGCGAACGUAUAUUUGGAUAGAAUGCCAGGAGCAAUAUUUAAUUUUUGUUUUGAUAUAGACUCUUAGAACUUGUGAACUGUUUAGUCCAUGACCUUGCUAUCAACUAUCGCGCGACGAACCUUCACACAAGUAUUGCACCAUAAUUCGAAAGUUCUAAUAACCCCUAAAUUCUCACAGGCAGUCAACAUGACGACUGCUGUUUUCAAACAUAUCGAUGCAUCAGCAAUCCCGCAGGGGGCAAGGCCAUGGACAAAAGUCGAUGUCGAAGCUAAUUCAUUUAAGCUAUGUGAUCAUACCCGCCCAGUGAACAACAUCCGAGGGCAGGAAAGCGAGUUUACCACAGACAACUCCGGCUUUGCGGUUUAUAAUGAACCGUCAAAUGAGAAGUCAUUUACAGAUGAUGCUGCUGUGCGUGGCCCAUACUAUCAGGAAAUCGAGGAUCUCCUAAGGAAGCGAAUUCCUGGUAUCAAGAAGGUGGUCAUAUUUGACCAUACCAUCCGGAGACGUACACCGGAGGCUGCUCGGGUUCCAAUACAGCAGGUCCACGUCGACCAGACGCCCGCCGCGGCCGAAGCCCGUGUGCGCCGUCAUCUCCCAGCGGAUGAGGCCGAGGGGCUAUUGAAGGGCCGCUUCCAAAUCAUCAACGUGUGGCGGCCCAUCGAAAACCCAGCAAGCGAUCACCCCUUGGCCGUCAUCGACUGGCGCUCGACGAAACCAGAGGACUUCAUCCCGGUGGAUCUGCUCUAUCCUAAACGUGUGGACUUCGCGAGGGAUAAAGACGAUAGGGGCAAGGAAGUGCGUCCCGACGACUCGACCAGAUACUCGGCGGAAGGGUACGAGGUCAGGGGUGAGACGAUGUCAGUUGCGCCGAGCGAUGCGCAUAAGUACUACUAUCAGAAGGACAUGACGCCGGAUGAGGUUAUUCUAUUAAAGUGUUAUGACUCGUUCGGCGAGGGCCAACCCCAAGGGAAGGCAGGAAUUGCGGUGAGGACGCCGCAUACGGCUUUUAUCGAUCCUCAGACGCCUAAGGAUGCGCCCCCGCGGCAGAGCAUAGAGGUGCGGUGCUUGGUCUUUUAUGAGUAGUGUUACUAUCUUGGCUCGGCAAUAUAGUUACAAACGGCUCUUCCAUAAUACAAUAUUCCCAUAAUAGUUUUACAUAUUUUAUUUAAGACAAGCCAGAUCAAGCGAUUUGAUGAUUUCAGGGCAGCUUCAUGUAAACGAGAAUACACUGUUUACCUAGGUAACCUUUCGAGUUCGGCAUCCCUUGCGUUUACCCCUGCUCGGUAUAUCAUACCCCAGUUACGUGUACAUACUUAUUGCCUUGUGCCCGAGGUCAGCUUCAUUACUUCCAGGUCAACUUGACAACGUGCCUCCCCACCGGCCAGCCACUCCAGCCAUGCUUCAUCCCU